CGGCUUCCAGCUCCGAGGGCGGCCGAGCCAUGAGCGAGCCGCCGGUCGAAGUGCUCGCCUUCCUCCGCGAACACCCGAGUCUGCGGCUGGAGCCCGGCGCCGCUAAGGUGAAAUGCGCUCUCACCGGCCACGAGUUGCCCUGCCGUCUGCCCGAGCUCCAGGUCUACACCCGCGGCAAGAAGUACCGGCGGCUGGUCAGCGCCUCUCCGGCCUUCGAUUACGCGGAGUUCGAGCCGCACAUCGUGCCCAGCACCAAGAACCCGCACCAGCUGUUCUGCAGACUCACCCUGCGGCACAUCAACAAGGUCCCCGAGCAUGUGCUGAGGCACACCCAGGGCCAGCGGUACCAGAGAGCUCUGCGUGAAUAUGAAAGGUGUCAGAAGCAGGGCGCGGAGUACGUGGCCGCCUGCCUCCUGCACAGGAGGAGGAGGAGGGAGGACCGGGUGGAUGGCGCCGGGCCGCCUCGCCGGGGAGAAGCCUUCUGGGAACCUUCGUCCGGUGAGGACGGCGCAGCUACAAGUGACAGUGAUGACAGCAUGACAGACCUGUACCCGCCCGAGGUGUUCACCAGAAAGGACCCGGGAGGGACUGAACACGGGGACGGCACUGAGGACUUUCUGACCGAGGGGGAGGACGAGAGGCCAAGGGGCCUGACAGAAACGGGCCCUGGGGGCGGAGAAGAGACGCGAGGGGACCAGGAGCCGGUCCUCAAGCGCCGGAAGAGGCAGUUGGGCUCAGCGAAGAAGUUCAGACGUCACCACCGUAAACCCAAGAGCUUCAGCUCUUUUAAACAGUCAGGUUAAUAAACGGCUGCCGGAGAAAAGCGCAUGCGGAAAGCUUUUCCAGAGUCCUUCAGGUCCUCGAGCCCGGGUCCUCUUCAAGCCACCUGCUGUGCGCCCUCUCAGCCGAUGGGGUGGGUGUCUCCGGGUCCCCUCCAUCCGCUCACAUUUGCUGCCCCCGGGGCUGGGGCUGGGAGUCUGUGCCACUGGCAUCAGGGCCACCUUACCCAUCCCCAGGAAGCAGCCCCCAGGGACCCCGAGGGAAGCAUUCUCUCCGGACGUGGCUUCUCAGCGGGCCUUGGCGAAGCCUAGAGGGUUCGGCUGGCUCGCUGGGCAUCCGAGGAGAGGCCUGGUCAGGCCCCACCCCAGCUGGACAACACCAGAGGAUCACGCCGCAUACAACAAAUGCCGUUAUUUAUUUUGAUGUUUCCAAAAAUCAAAACGUUUCCAAACACAACUAAGAUAUAAAAUACAGCAUAAAAUGAGAUUUAUACCUAUUUCCCACAUAAAGCCAAAAAAUUGUCAGAAA